CAUCCCAGACUGCAAGCGUGCAAUCUGCAACUGAGGAAAGAACAGGACAGGACAGAGAGGAGAGAACUUAACAACUAACCCAAAAGCAACCAAACCAACUGCUGCAAAGCAACCAACUCACAUUCAUUCAGAAGAGAAGAAAACAAGAGUUGACUUUACAAAAAGAUGACUCCUAUCAAGUUGCUGCUUCUGGUGGCCAUCCUGGUGCAUGUCGGCUCCAGCUUCCCCAUGGAGAGGAGGGGUGGUGGGGGGGGUGGUGGUGGCGGGGGUAUGGGCCCUGCCGGCCGGGAGAAGGUGCAGUACGCCUCCUGGGACGACGUGAACGUGCUGGCCCACGGUCUGCUACAGCUGGGCCAUGGGCUCAAGGACCACGUGGACAAAACUAAAGGCCAGAUGAGGGACAUGGCGGCCAAGCUCAAGGCCUUCAACGGCUCCCUGGCUGAGCUGAACAAGAUCACCCGCCGGCUGCAGGAGGAAGGGGACGCGCUGAGGGAGAGGAGCAAGGAGACGCUGCUGGGACACAGGGGAGAGGAGAGCCAGAGCCAGAAUCAGAGCCAGGACCAGGUGUCCAACGCCUCCAAUGUGGAGAAGCAGCUGCAGGCUCUGGAGGAGGACAUGAGGGCGGAGAGGCAGAGCGUGAAGGAGCGGGUGGGGAGCCUGGAGAAGAAGAUGGAGGCUCUGCUGCUCAGGGCAGCCGGAGUUGGAGCUGGAGCCGGAGCUGGAGCCAGUAGUGCCAGUGCCAGCAGCACCAGUGAUGAUGACAGCAACCACAGCACCAGUGAUCCAAACACACUACAGUGGAUGCUGGAGACUCAGAGCAAGCGCAUCGACAACCUGGUGGAGAGGAUUCGGCUACAGCAAGACAAGCUGGACAAACAGAAUCUGCGCCUGCAGGCCCUGCAGACUGAGGUGAAGCAGAGGAGGCUGAAGUCUGUGGUGGUGACUCGUAGAGCUGAAGAAGUCUCCAUGGACGAACCACUGGAGCACGACCCCUCAAACGAGCUGCCCUCAGAUUGCCAUGAGCUGUUUCUGAGAGGGGAAAAACAGAGCGGUGUGUACACCAUCCAGCCCCAGAAAGCCAAGCCUUUCGACGUCUACUGUGAAAUGACAUCAGAGCGUGGAUGGACUGUCAUCCAGAAACGUGAAGAUGGUUCUUUGGACUUCAACAAGCUUUGGAAUGACUACAAAAACGGCUUUGGUGGUCUGAAAGGAGAGUUUUGGCUGGGGCUGGAGAACAUGGCCGCCAUCUCCAAACAGGCGCUGCACAUGCUGCAGAUCGAGCUCUCUGACUGGAGAGGAGAGACCCAGACUCUGAGCUACACCUUCCAGCUGGAGGGAGAGGAGAGCAACUACGCCCUCCACCUGCAGCCAAGCUCCCCUGAGGCUGCUGAGGGCCAACUGGAGAGCGCCUUGACCACCGGUCCUGAGGGCAUUCCGUUCUCCACAGCAGACAGAGACCACGACCAGAAGGAGGACGCCAACUGUGCUGCACAGUUAUCAGGUGGCUGGUGGUUCAGCAGCUGUGGCCACUCGAACCUGAACGGGCGGUACCAGAGCGGGCCCACCCUGACCCAGAGACACCACAGGAAACAGGUGGUGUUCUGGAAGACAUGGCACGGCCGCUACUACCCCCUCAAGACAACCACUAUGAAGAUUGCUCCCAUCGUCAAGUCUUAAGACCUAGGAGGUUUUGUUUUUUUCUAACAAGAAAGAACUGAGUCAUGACAUAUUUUGACUGUUGCCAAGUCAAAGGACACGUGGAUAGGUCAUAUUUUGUUUGAAAAGUCCACUUGAACAGGGUUUUACUUUUUUUGUUUUUUUUCGCAUUUGCAUCAAGUAUGGUGUGAAGGUUGUUUUCAAAGUACUGAAUACAAAAUCCAGCUUUGGGUUUCUUAAAUGUUUCACAAGAAGAGAUGUUUAGCAAUAAGAGCAGAGGUCGGAUGUUAUAUUCCCUCCAAAAAAUACUGUUUUCCCACACGUUGUUAGGUGUGACAAUAAGUAUUUGUGUUUCACUGCACACAAGACAAUACGUAACCGUAGCAUAGCCAGUCUUCUUGCCAUUAUGUUUGUCUGUAUGACUGAGGGGAGAUGCGCUGUAACUAUCCACAGUUGAUGUGGAGAUUAUAUACUAUUGGUCACAUUGACCACCUUAUGGGACUCAACAGUCAACUGUAUGUAUGAUAUUUACUGUAAAUAAGUGCUGUAGUACUGUCGUACUCAGCACUGUACAUAAUACUGCUGUACAUGUUUUUUUUUUUACUGUUGUUUACUGUCUCCUAAUUUAAUUACUGUGAAAGGCACUUACAUGUUUUUUUAUACUUGUUGUAAUUUAUUGAAUCUCGUGGUUUCAGCUAUGUGAAACAGGGAAUUUGUAUGAAAGAAAGACAAUCCUGUAAAAUAAACCACUUUUAAAAAACUACACUCCCAGUCC